GAUUCUGCUGCUAUAUGUGUGGAAAACUUCGGUUUUGAAACUAAAUGUCUGAAUUUUGCUGAUAGAAAGUUUUUUGUUCGAAUGGGGGGUUUUCAGGACUAUUUUUCCGUUUGCUAUGGUGGAACGUCACACUGCGGAGGCAGUAGGAAUUGCAUUCACUGACCAAUAUUACCAUGUUCUAUAUCACCGGCCUGAAGAUACACAUAAGUUCUACAAGGACUCAAGUGUUGCUGGAUGGGAAGGAAAAGAUGGUGUUGUGCAUUCAGUGACAACAAUGAAAGGAAUAAAUGAUAUGAUCAUGUCUUCAGAUUACAAGGAUUCUGACGUGGAAGUGAAGAGUGUGUAUGCUCAAAAGUCUUUACAUGGAAGUAUUCUUCUGGUGGUUGCUGGAAACUUGACUGGAAAUGAUGACGUGACUAGAGCAUUUAGCCAUACUUUCCUUCUUGCAAGACAAGAGAGGGGUUUUUUUGUCUCGAAUGACAUUUUACGGUUUCACCAUCCAUCAACUCCUGAAGCUGAAAAUAGCUCUGUCCUUCAAGCAUCAGAAUCUCCUUCAUCCACCAAUUCAGAUGUUUCAGAGCUUGUUGAGGCUCCUGAGAAAACGUGCACAAAGGCAGAAGCAAAAGAUGCCACUUCUGAAUCUAAACUGAAUCCAUCAAGUGAGAAGAUAACUAUUGAAUCACUUCCUACACCACCAGUAAUUAAUUCUAAAGAAGCUACCCCUAAGACAACCUAUCUUGAAAAGCUGUCAAAAGAGAGCACAUGUCCUCAUGCUCCUCCCCUCCCAAUUGUAAGAGUUUCACCAAAUGAUGGAAGUUUGAUUGAAACAAAGCCACAAGUCCCUACUGGCAAUGAUUCAAUCAAGAAAAUGAGUUUGCAUUCCAAUGGUGUGGGGUACAAAACUGCCUCUCCCCUGAGUGAUGAAACGACGGAAAAUAUCUUUCAACCUACGGGAAUAUAUAUUGGAGGAUUACCACCCCACACAACGAAGAAUGAGCUCGCCGAAGCUGUCAAGAUGUUUGGUAAAGUUAAAAAGAAUGAUGGUGUUCAAGUUAUUGAUAACAAAAAUGAGGAUGGAUUCACUUACGGAUUUGUACAUUUUGAGACCGAAGAUUCUGCACACAGAGCGGUCGAGGCUCACAAUAUUACCAUCCGUGGGAAAGAAGCAUACAUAACAUACAAGAAAUCAAACAUCAGAGCUUGGGCUCCUGCUUCUGGUAGCAACAAUGGCGGUGGAAGGGCUCCAGGGGGGAAAGGCGGGCCCUACCAUAAUAACACUUCAUCUGGUAGAGGAGGAUCUUACAAUGGAUAUUGUGAUGGAGAGGACGAUGGUGGGUAUUAUGAUUAUCAGAGCCACCGGAAAAGAAGCUCAGAUGGGAGAGACAGAGACGGUUACCAGUGGAAUGGUGGUGGAAGGAGGGGUAACAGGGGAGGCAAUGGCCAUGGCAACCAGUACUAGAUGUUACUUUCAUGAAACCGUGAGUUUUGGAUAUAAAAAUUUGUAGUCCAUUCAUGGAGCAGGAAAAGUAGUUAGCCCUAUCCAUGACCCAAAGAAAGAGUUUUUUUUUUUUAAAUCUAACCAGACAGUGAUUGGGGUAUUGUGGAUCUUAAAAUUGGAACGAGAGUUUCUUUGCCUAUAAUUUUUUGCAUUCUAG